UAUGCACCGACCGAAUUUUCGACCCCCAACUCCUCCGUACCCCAGCCCGGGGAUAGGAGGCUGGGGUGGCGGAAGCAGCUUCCGGGGUGCCCUGGGCGGGGGGCCGCGGCCGCCCUCCCCGCGGGACGGGUACGGGAGUCCGCACCACACUCCGCCGUGCGGGCCCCGGGCUAGGCCGUACGGGAGCAGCCACUCUCCGCGGCACGGCGGCAGCUUCUCGGGGGCCCGUUUCGGGUCUCCGUCCCCGGGCGGCUACCCAGGCUCCUACUCCAGGUCCCCCGCGGGGUCCCAGCAUCAGUUCGGCUACUCCCCAGGGCAGCAGCAGACCUACCCCCAGGGUUCUCCAAGGACAUCUACACCAUUUGGAUCAGGGCGUGGUAGAGAAAAAAGAAUGUCUAAUGAGUUGGAAAGUUAUUUUAAGCCUUCAAUGCUUGAAGACCCUUGGGCUGGCCUAGAACCAGUAUCUGUAGUGGAUAUAAGCCAACAGUACAGCAAUACGCAAACAUUCACAGGCAAAAAAGGAAGAUACUUUUCUUAACUUUUCUGAAAUUCAACUGGAAGCUUCAUGUGUCAGGAACAUCUUGGACAGAACUUUACACAACUUGUACUUGUGUAAAUGAGUUGAACCCAAAGAUGAUGACUUUGGAUAAUGAAUGAUUAGCAGACCCUUGGGACAUCUCUAACUUUGUCAAGUAUUGUUGAUCUUAGAGAAGAUAAUAGGAUCAUUUGCAGUAUUUAGCUAUCUGGGAGUAUGUACCACAUUCAGAAGACCAGUAUACAUAUUUAACAUUUCUAAUAUAACACAUUUGUUUUUUCAGCGAUUUAAAAUAAAACAUUUUUUGUCUUCCUAGUUAAAUUGUGAUUUUGUAGAACUGCUAAAAUAAUGCUUCAUAAUCACUUAGAAUUUGAGGGUAAAUGUUUUGUAAACUAUUUUUUUAGUGAAAUAGAUAAGCUACUCAAGAUAGUUCUAUAUAUUUAUUAAUAGAAAUAUUCUACAAUCAUAUAUUACUUAGUAUUUUUGUUAAAAUAUUGAAACUUAAAAAUCACUGAACAUAAUUUAUAUGCCUUUAACCAGAAAAGGCAAGGAUAAAUCAUAUAUAUAAGAUAGGUCAGUGUCCUACCCAAUUUUCUCUAUUUUGAGCAUUGUAGAUUUAUUUUCUCUUGAAGCCAAAUGGUGUGUUGAUUUGCUGUCAUAAAUACGAGAUAAAAUGCCAGACAAAAACAAGGGAGGAGUUUUGGUUCAUAAUUUCUAAGGUUUCAGUGAAGGUCAGCUAGAUCCAUUAAUUUGGUCUUGAGGUGAGCCAGAAUAUGGCUGUGGACAUGGCAGACACUGCUCACCCUUGGCAACCAAGCAGCAGAAGGAUAGGAAGGAGUUAGGGAGAAGAGAAGCCUUUCCAGGGCACCUUUGCCUUCUACUUCCCAAUAAUACCAUCAUGUGAACCAUUAAGGUAUUAAUCCCCUGAUACAUAAAUACCCUGAUGGAUUAGACAAGUGGGGACCCUUCAUAGCCAUAUAUAACAAACAACUAACAAUAAUCUCAAAUCACUUCCACAGCAAAGACAAAUACAUAUAUUUGAUUCCAUCAAUCCCAAAGAAGACAAAUGAAGCUAGACAGUAAGGCCUAAUUACCUUGACUCGUGGACACAUUUCUAAUCUAAGGGAGGGUUUUAUGAACUUUAGCUCAGUUUGCCUACCUGGAGUAGUAGGGAAGGGAUGCUGUGCAUAUAUACCUAUAAUAAUGGAGAUAAAAUGUGGAGGAAUAUCCCCAGUUAUUUAAAAUCAAGUCUUGAACUAUGCAGUCUUUUGAAAAAUUUGUCAACAUUCUCCAAAAGAAAAGUGAAAUGGCUAUUCCACCUAGUUGAGCCAUACCUAUUUGUUGAUAAAGUCUUAAAAAGGCCAAAAAAAAAAAAAAAAAUACAAACUACUACAAGGAUUUGUAAAACCUCCAUUGGAGCCAGGACUUCAAAAUUUUUCUACAAGUUUUUAGCUAGAUGCCCCAGUUUUAUCAUGCAAAAUGAGGAAAUUCAUAGUACUUAAGUUCAUUUAUCCCUGUAUUCUGAGUUUUUAGAAUAGUGCCUGCAAAAUAAUAGGUACUAAAUAAUUAAACAUAUAAAUUUUAGUUAUAACUAUUUUAUUGUAUAAGGGUUAAUACAAUAAUGUUAUAUGGUUAUUUGAAAGAAAACGUCCAUAUUUAAAACAUGGUUUUUUUUCAUGUGUUGUAUUUGAUGAAAAUAAAAGCAUUUUGUAAAAUGCUUAUUGAACUUCAUAAAUAAAAAAGUAACAGUUGAAAAUAAUUACUAAACAGUCUCUUAGAAAGUAUGUUGUUGGCAAAGAUGAAAAAUAGACACAUGUUACGUGGUUAUAAUCCCAGCUGCCCCAGAGGCGGAGCUGACUUGAUUGUAAGGUUGAGGCUAGCCUGGGCAAUUAGCAAGACCUUACAAAAAUAAUGAAGUUAUGAAAGAUUUUGUGUGUUGUGUUUGUACUAUGUUUGGAAGACAUUCAAAUACAACUCAGAAUUCACAUUUUAUCCUGGGCGGUGGUGGCACAUGCCUUUAAUCCCAGCACUGGGAGGCAGAGCCAGACAGAUCUCUGUGAGUUCGAGGCAAGCCUGGGCUACCAAGUGAGUUCCAGGAAAGGUGCAAAGCUACACAGAGAAACCCUGUCUCGAAAAACCAAAAAAAAAAAAAAAAAGAAUUCACUUUUUUUUCUGCUGGACUUUAGAUGAAAUAUUUUUUAAAAAUUUAAAUUCUGUUAUCUACUUCCAGAGGCCUAUCGAACCUUUUCUGACUUUUUAAGGAGAAAAUUUUAUCCUCAGCAAAAAUGCAUACACGAUUAGUCAUUUAUUCUGAAUUAGGUUUUUGAUGGGGUUUUACUUUGUUUCUGCAUUGAGAGUCUGGCUAUGUAACUCUGGCUUUCAUGAACCUAACUAUGUAGAUCAGGCCAGCCUUGAACUCAAAGAGAUCUGCUUGUCUUUGUUUCCUGAGUGCUGGGAUUAGACCAGUGCACUACCACACCCUGCUAUCUUUAAGAAGAGUUCUUGAAGGCGGGGCCAUGGCGCACGCCUUUAAUCCCAGCACUCGGAGGCAGAGCGAGGCAGAUCUCUAUGAGUUCGAGGCCAUCCUGGUCUACAGAGCGAGAUCCAGGACAGGCACCAGAACUACACGGAGAAACCUUGUCUGGGGGCGGGGCGUGUUCUUGAGCUGGGCAUAGUGGCCCACACCUUUGGCCACAGCCCUUCGGGAGGCCAGGUCCGGUGGAUCUCUAAAUUUGAGGCCAGCCUGGUUGGUCUGUGAAGUGAAUGAAGUCCAGGACAGCCAGAGCUACACAGUGAGACUGUGUCUUGAAGAAAUAAAGCUGAAAAAACGUAUUAGUUACAUCUCAGAAACUGGGGUUUUAAUUAAAAACAAGAGUAUAGUUGACAUAACAUUGUCUUCAAACAAGAUUAUGAAUUCUCUUGAGCUGAUUAAUUUUUCCAAGGGAUAGAUGGACAUGAUAGUUUUAAGAAAAUCGAAAUUUAGAUCCUUCAUUCCCACAUCUCUGAAGAAUAAAUUUACUUAAGAAGAUACCUGUGCUAGCACAUGCCUUUAAUGCCAGCACCCGCAGGCAAGCAGGCAGGGGAUCUCUGAGUUCAAGGCCAGCCUGGUCUACAGAGUGAGUUCCAGGACAGCCAAGACUACAUAGAGAAACCCUGUUUCAACAAAGAAAAAGAAAAAGAAAGAUGCCUAUGAUCAAGGGAACACGACAGUUUCCUGUUUAAUCUGUCUUCCAUUUUACAAAAGAAAGAAGAUUUGUUUUCAAAAAAGAAGCCCAACAAUAUUUCUACGCUUUCAGAAAUCUGCCUCUUUCCUAUCAAGAGGAUGUGUCCUUUUGAACUUUAUCAAUCAUUUCUUCCUGUCCUGAUUAAAGGAGUAUGAUGAAAUUUAACUUAUUUUUAUUGUGAAUAAAAUAUUUCAUUCAGACUGUUAGAUUGCAUAUGAAAAUGUUCAGAAUUCAGAUGUUUUGUCAAGUAAAGAAGAUGGCAAUGUUUGUUUAA